AUGGAGUUCAACGGACUGUGUGUGCUGCUGGGAGUACUACUACUGGUGAACUGCUCAUUUCAGCAGACUCCAGCGAAGAAGACACCAGUGAAAAAGGUGUUGUUGGAAUCAGACACAGCAAGGGAUGCUGCCAUCAACAAGCUACAGAAACAGAUAGAAGACAUCGUCCAGGAGCUCAACCUACUGAAGGAACAACAAGCCCUGCAGACAGUCUGUUUGAAAGGCAUAAAGAUCAAUAACAAGUGUUUCUUGGCCGACACUGUGAGGAAACACUAUCACACUGCCAGUGAGGACUGCAACGCCAUGGGUGGUGUCCUCGGUACGCCCACAUCCAGCGACGAGAACGACCAGCUCAGAGACUACGUCCGCCAGAGAAUCGGCCUGGAUGAGCAGGUCUGGCUUGGCAUCAACGACAUGGUAACCGAGGGCACCUGGGUGGACCAGACCGGCUCCAGCAUCACAUUCAAAAACUGGGACACGUCCAACUACCGGUCUCCUCAGCCGGACGGCGGCCAGGCCCACGACUGCGCCGUCCUGUCUGGGGCCUCCAGUGGGAAGUGGUUCGACGAGAACUGCCGCGAAGAGAAGACCUCCGUCUGCCAGUUCAACAUUGUUUGA